UCUCUCCAACGUUCGUCCGGAGCGGUGUAGUAGAUCCUCUUUCGUUCGUCUCUUAACUUUGCGAUUUUAACUCGUACCUACCGAGAUGGCCCGUACUAAGCAGACCGCUCGUAAAUCCACCGGUGGCAAAGCCCCGAGGAAGCAGCUCGCCACCAAGGCUGCGCGUAAGAGCGCACCGGCCACCGGCGGUGUCAAGAAGCCCCAUCGCUACAGGCCCGGAACCGUCGCUCUUCGUGAGAUCCGUCGUUACCAGAAGAGUACCGAGCUGUUGAUCCGCAAGCUCCCGUUCCAGCGUCUCGUCCGUGAGAUCGCUCAGGACUUCAAGACCGAUCUCCGUUUCCAGAGCUCCGCCGUGAUGGCACUGCAGGAGGCCAGCGAAGCUUACCUGGUCGGUCUGUUCGAAGACACCAACCUGUGCGCCAUCCACGCCAAGCGUGUCACCAUCAUGCCCAAGGACAUCCAGCUGGCGCGUAGGAUCCGUGGUGAACGCGCUUAAACAACAACAACAACGCGCAACGGCAACGACGACGACGGUGCAAGGCACGCACGGUGCGACACACACACGCACCGCCUGCAUUGCCCGCGUUCUCGUCCGUUCACUAAUAACAAAAGGCCCUUUUCAGGGCCACA